CUUGCCAACUUUCGUCUUGGACAGCUCCAUCCACCAUGUCCGAUGAUGGCAUGAACAUUGACGACGUCGGUGAGGGCGGUGGUGUUGUCAGGCGGAAAGGCAGAGGUUUCCAAAACGCGGCUGGCGGCGGGAAUGAAACGACGGCGGGGCCUGAACCUACGUACGACCGCGUUGAAUCUGCCAAAGACUCGGAGACGAGGGCAGCGCGAUCGGUGGAGGGAUGGAUCGUUCUCGUUACUGGCGUACAUGAGGAAGCUACGGAGGAAGACGUGAUGGACAAGUUCGCAGAGUACGGCGAGAUAAAAAACCUUCACUUGAACUUGGACAGGCGGACGGGCUAUGUUAAGGGCUAUGCUUUGGUGGAAUACGAAACGAUGGCCGAAGCUCAAGCUGCCAUAGACGGUGCUUCCGGCACGACUCUGCUGGAGCAGACCGUUCAAUGCGAUUAUGCGUUUGUGCGGCCACCACCGUCAGGACCGAAGGGUGGUAGGGGCCGACGAGGUCGUAGCGCUAGCCCUUCUCGCCGGAGGAAUAGGGAGUAAUGUACCAUAUAUUCGAUUACUGUACUGACUGUUUGCUCGUCGAUGCUGUCAUUGUCAUUUGUACCUAAAUUUUGCCAACGUUCGUGCGUACGGCACUACCUCAGUACACCGAGCGUCCAACUCCCUUCAGUUUUGCUCGCUCGUUCUCACUCCUGCAGUAUGGAAUGCGAACUCUGUUACCGCUC